GUACAUGUACAUGAAGGUGCUGCCUACACGUCCAGUGUCAAUGCACACAUGUUCUUACUCACUGAGUGACUCAUUGAAGAAUAGACGUCUUGACACAGGCUGAAGGAUUGCUGAUAAUAAGUCUAUGGCCAAUUACUCAAGUCCAGCACAAUGAACAUCAGUUGUGUACUGGUGCACACAUGAACAGUGUUCAGUACUAUCAGCCAACUCAGCAUCCAUCCGGAACUGUUGUAACCGGUGUAGGCCUGUCUACAUGUAUGUGUGGCUGUUGAAUGCAUCAUAAAUGUUGAGUCGAUUGUACAUGUACCAUACAUUGUAAGUUGUACGCAAACAUUUUGGCCUAUUUACAACAAUGGAUCUGCAUGUGCUACAACAGUAUGUGGUUGCCGAUCCGCACAUGGCACCGGACCAUUUCUUCACGGCUCCCUUUGACAUCGACAAUGACAACUUUGGAGGAUCUACCAGCAAGUUCCAACAUUUCAUGCAGAGGUCUCAAUCAGUGGGCACUGGUCUGUCCCACUACUCCGAUGAACUUAGGCAUCAUCAGGAGGAAGACGGAAGACGGCCCAUGUUUGGACAAAUGUCUCCGCAAGGUGCCAAUGCAGAGUCCAGAAUGUCAGCCAAUUUUGGUGGGAUGAAAAUCUCCCCUCCAAAUGACGUGAACUCUAACAUACAGGGCAUGCAGUUUUACCCCGGUGCCCGCAACACGGGUACCAUCAAGGAGUUCACGCCGCGCAACCACAACGCCAACACGGGCCCCAACUCGGCCGAGUUCCUGCCCAACGUGCGGAACGUUGCGGACUUCAAGCAAGGCGGCCCCCAGGCCAACGAUCUGAUCUCCAAGAUCCCUGAGUUUGUGCCGCGGUCCAUGGCCCCUCCGGGUAACGGAAUGAUGAAUGAUUCUGGCGGGAUGAGAGGGACAAAUAACAACUCGGCAGCACUGGCCCCGCACAACUCUGGCGGCAUGAAUGAUCAUUACAACUCUGGUUCCCUGUCGGCCGGUGCCUCCCCCCUCCAGUCCCCAGGCAACUCUCCCUCCAUGAGAAGGAAAGGCCAGCCCCCUCCCCUGGACAUUAGCUCCGCCCAGGCCAACUUCCCUGGUGCCAUGGUACAGGAGAACAUCGGAGGCACCACGUACUUCUACACAGAAGACCAGGUCCAACCGACAAUGCCAAGAACUGUGUAUCCCAACUUCCACAUGUACCAAUCCAUGCCGGCCCAUGUUGCCUACAUGAAGCCCAAGCCCAACGCUCCCUCGUUCUUUGUGGGUGAGGAACUGAAGGUGGAGAUAUACAACAAACGAUCGGUGUCGAUGGCACAGGUGGACCCAGCUGAGCACCCAGACAUUCCACGUGAGGUAGACAAGUACCACACCCUGUUCCCCCUGGAGCCUCCCCCUAAGAGCCCCAUGGAGAAAUCCAGUACUUUUGGCUACACCACCACCUGCUACAAGGCCAUCAACAAAAAGGACAAUAAGCUGUACUGCCUCCGCAGAAUACAUGGUUUCCGAAUGACCAACACCCAGUGGAUGGUUCUUGUCGACAAGUGGAAGAAACUGCAGCAUUCCAACAUAGUCACUCUGCGUGAAGUCUUCAGCACUAAAGCCUUUGGAGAACAUUCCACGGUGUUUGUCCAUGACUACCACCCUACUGCCCUGACCAUGAUGCACAGGCACUUCACUGGCCCAGGAGCCCAGGCCAGUAAUGGAUUCAGUGGGGGCAGUAACAGCUUCAACAAGGGGCAACACCACAAGGGGGGAUUCAUGGGGCCCCAGGGACCACACCACACAGGUGUCAACGGUCCCCAGCAGCGUACCGGUCUCCUGCCAGAGAGUCUCAUCUGGACCUACGUGGUCCAGCUCUCCUCGGCCCUGCGUACCAUCCACGCCGCGGGCCUGGCUUGCCGCGUCAUGGACCCUACUAAGAUCCUGGUGACUGGCAAGUCUAGAUUACGCGUCAAUUGUGUCGGGAUCUUUGACGUGUUGACAUUCGACGGAGGGAACAACCCGUUGGCUAUGAUAUCACACUAUCAGCAAGAGGACCUGGUGUCUCUUGGCAAGGUGGUCUUGGUCUUGGCCUGUAACUCAGUGCAGAGCAUCCAGAGGCAGCACAUACAAGGCUCCCUGGAGCUGGUGGCUCAUAACUUCUCCAGCGAUCUCAAGAAUCUCAUCUUGUAUCUCCUGACCACCCAGCCCAGGCCUCGGUCCGUCAAUGACAUCAUGCCCAUGAUCGGUGCCAGGUUCUACACCCAGCUGGACGCUGCCCAGAUGAGAGGGGACGUGCUGGAAGAGGAAGUAGCCAAGGAGGUCGGCAACGGAAGACAGUUCCGCCUGCUGUGUAAGCUGGGAGUCAUGAACGAGAGACCCGAGUUUAAUGGCGAUCCGACUUGGGCCGAGACCGGCGACCGUUACCUGCUGAAGCUGUACAGGGACUAUCUGUUCCACCAGGUCUCGUCUGACAGCACCCCCUGGAUUGACAUGGCUCAUAUCGUACAGUCAUUGAACAAGUUGGACGCUGGGGUGCCGGAGAAAGUCACCUUGAUGUCUCGCGACGAGCAGAACAUCCUGGUCGUGUCUUAUGCGGACCUGAAGCGCUGCUUCGAGACGACCUUCGAGGAGAUCCAACAAAGCCAGAACGCCCCAGUCGAGGAAGUGCCACAAUAAUCGGCAAUCCUUCCGUCACGUCAGGUGUCGGUUAUCAGUGAAGUUUGAUGACACGUCAGGUAGGCUGUGUAUUUGCUUCCUCACCAGGAUGGAAAUCUCCAACUUGGAAGCACGUCUGCUUUAUUCCAUGUUUCCUAUGGAAAUCGCAAGGGAGCAGAGCAUGGAAAAAAUACGGAAAAGUUGGCUGUACAGCUUAUUCACAUGAUUCCCUAUAGGACACAUCUCCAUGUUGGAAGUACUUCUACAACUUUCCAUGUUUCCUACGGAAAUUGCCAGGGGACAGUGCAUGGAAAACUUAAGAAAAAGUUGGUUUUCCUGUUGAGCUGUUGCAGUGCACUCACGUCGUACAUGGAUCCUUGCGAGAGAUCUUUUAACAUAUGGAAAAUUUGAUUUCACAUGGCACACCACACACUGGAGGGAAUACUUGAUACAUUCGUCACGGAAUCCAAGAUGGCUUUUUAGGAUCACGUAUUUCACCCACUCACUGGAGUUUUCUUCGCAGGAACAAACGCCUCGCGAGUUGUCGACACUUAUACUGCCAGUUCCAUUUUUUGUGCAAAGCCCAUGCAGUGUUUCUUGCACAUGGAAAUCCUGCCCAGAGUUUCGACUCAUCAACACAGCUUUAACUUUCAUCACCAUGGAAACCGCAGACUUAAAUGGUAACUCACCAAAUUGUAAACGUCACACCACUCAAAGCUAAGUAUGACCUCACUUACACCAAAUGAAAAACAAAAAAUUGAAAAUGACUGAAAUUUAACUCAGCUUUGUAUUGCCGCUACCUUCCAUGCGUUUUUAUGUGUAUUGUUAAUUAGUUUUUAAUGGCCUAGGCCCACAGUAAUUUCCUGUUUGCCACGGAGGCAACACGAUGUAAAAAUUAAAAAGUAAGAAUUUUCGUCAUUUGUAAUUAAGCCUAAACUGAGGACAUAUGGAAAUCCUCCUUAGUUGUGUUUUACAACGGCUAAGCGAACCUUUUGCCAGCUUGGACUUUUCCAAGAACAGAUUUGCUUAAACCGUUCAGAGGGGUAGGACACGCCCACAAAAAAACCUUGUUUGACACAUAUCAUGCCGAGUGGAGUAAUCUGGACAGAAUUUUGGAAGAGAAUCUUGGACAAGAUUUAAGCGUGAAUGGAACGGAAGAUAUGUUCUCAAUGUUGGACAAAGGAACGAAGGAUGAGAAGUAGUGGUUUUGAAAAGUGCCUACUGCCAACCGACUUUGGAAACUUGUACAGGAAGGAGCUUCCACAAAUAGACUGCAGUCCGCAAUUGGAAAAUUUCUUCUCAUGUGAGCGUCAAUUCACUGCCUCAAAUAUGGGCAUUGUCAAGGAAAAACUUGGUAACCAGUAGCAACCAUAAACUGAAGUUUGAAGUGGAACAAACACAUACGCCUAGAUUUCUUCAGUUUGAAGACUGGGUGAAACGCUCUCCAAUUUCAAAAUCUUGCGAGUUUCUUGACUUUGCAGGAUAGAAGGCGUAAAGGAGUACAUAAUCCCAUGCGGAAACUUCUCAGUGGAAAGCUCUGAUCUACAAGAGAUUUUGACAUAUGAAAAACAAAGGCGUGCUUUAGGAAUGGAUAAAGGUUAUCAAGGAAUUCCCAAAUUGUACUGCAGAGAUUCCCGAGAAGAAUGUAGUAGUUCAGAUUAGAUAACUUGUACAAAUGUUCCUCUGUGGACCGCCUGGUAUUGUUCUUCCUGCCUGCUUGUUUGGACUUCGAGUUCUCAAACUGUAAAAAAAAAGUGAGCUUUGCGGAAAUGAACCUGUACUCUUGAUUUGCCAGUGCUUCAAAAUAUCAGUCACCACAAGGAAUUGUGAGCUGAUAGUUUGGAGAUUUUAGAGUGCACGUGCUGCCAACACAUUUUACUGAGGGAAUACGUUCAGAGACAUCAACUAACACCACCUGAUGGAGAACUGGACAAUUUCAUCGCUUGCCUCUUUUUCGGAAGUGGACGGCCGUGACUUGAAGCGACUCAGUUUUGGAGGGAAAAAGAUCUCCUUAAAAGUUGCUUUUGAACAUCAUGAGCAAGUGGUAACUGUUUAAUGGUGACACUGUGCAGACCAUGCGACAAGAUGAAAAAAAAAAAAUCCUGAUCAGAUUUCGACCAAACAUCUGAGAAAUUGUCCACAUAUCCAGUGCACCAAGUGAGAAAGGUUUGACUUCCAAAAAAGCCGCCCGAUGUCUGAACAAACUAACAAUCAUCGGAAAAAGACUCGGAGAGUUGUGUAAAUACAAGAACUUUUUAAAGAAUAAAGUGCCGUACUAUUGAAGUACUGACUGCGCAUUUGUGAAAUGCUUUUAAAUAUUAAAAAAAAAAACAAUGGAAAAUAAAAAUCCACAGACGUUGAAAGUGCCGCAGUACCGAGGAAUUCAUAGUACUGAACUUGUAUAAUAAAGGAAAAGACGAUAGUUUUGGUUUUUAAAAAGUAGUAUUUUUAAACGAGGAGCCUUUUGUGUAAAUGAGAAUUUUCUUAAAUUGAAGCGACUGGUUUUGUUUGUUUGGUUUUUUUUGCCCAGUGUGGAAAUAUAUAGGGAAGGCCUAGCCUAACAUAUUUUGUGGUUGUAAAAUCUUCUAGAAUUGGAAGAUUUUGAAAGCAAGCAUAUCAUUUGAAUAUGGCGCAAUUCCGUAUCUGUGCUUUGUAAAAAAGAAUUCAGUGAUCUACAAGUGCUUACUGAACACUCUUUUUACAAAUUAUGCCCAACUUGAAAACAUGUCCUGCAGUGAAAUAGGUUUUUGCUUUGUUAUGCAUGUACCAAAAGGAGUUUUACAGCUAAGACCUACAAAUUCAUCUGACGUGUAACUCCAGGGCACAAUGUUAUGGACAUUUAAGCAUAAACUCUUGUUUUAACAAAUACUAUUUUUAAAUUUGUUUGCUCACCGAAAAAAGGGUAAUAAACUAGUCACAAGUUUUACAUAUCCUAUGUCAUUUUGGCCUUUAAAAAAAACUCACACAGUAUUAAGCGGGGAGUUGAUCACAUUUAAGCACAUCUAUUAUGAGCUAUGAUAUACAGCAGAGAAUCUUGCAAAGCAGAAAUGUUUUUCUAAGCAAAAUUCAUCAAAGACCCAACCAAAGAACCCAGUUCAUUUGUCUUAUAAACCUUAUCUCAACAAAACCUGAUUGCAGAAAUUUGAAAUUGGUUUAGACAAUUAAAAUGUCUGCUUUUUAUGUCCAGGAUUGUCAAAUUUAACACAAUGUAUAAACUAAUAUCACGCUGUUAUUCCAAAGUGCGAGUGGUAAUCAGUAUUAUCCAUUAUCCAGCCUGGUUUCAUUUUUUUGCACACACGAUCAAAAUUGAACUUUUAAAAAAAUAUAUAUCAGAGCCCAAAUCAUGGAUCUGUGAAGCGGAAAAACAUAUUUGCGAUUGCACAUGCGAAGUGAUAAUCACAAGCAUAGUCACAGGCAAUUAAAUCCCUUACCAAUUUUGAACCCAAUUUCAUUUUCAUAGCGCUGCUAAGCACAUGAUGUUCUGCUAACAGAGCCUCCGUCUAUACCAUGGAGACCGUAAGCAGUAAGCACAG